CAUGAUUAGGAAUAGAAACAGGGCUGGGAGAACAGAGAUGCUGUAAAUGUUAUUUAUAAAACUUGGGAAUUUUAACAUGAAAGAUCUGAACAAUAAUCCAUAUUUUAACUUGGAGCACAGAAAGUAAAAGUAAAAUCUUUUUUAACAAUAGUUUAGUAACAGCAGCCUCUAAAACAGUUUGCAGGGAUUCUGAAUACAGCUUUAAAACAUAGAUGUUGAAUUCAGUGUGCUAAAUGCCAGCUCAGCAGGUAACAAUGUGUUUCCAAAGCACAAGCCCAGGGUUGAUAAACUGGUCUCCCUGCAGCUGGAGGACUCAAACAGAUGACGACAAGGGUGUUAAUCAUUUCCCUUCCAGGCAAUCUUAGCCACAAGUUCCUGCUAAAAGUGAAAUCACCCCUCUGGUUUAUGUUUAAAAACUUUUCACCCAGUUCAUGCUGCAAUUACUCCCUUCUAGGCUAAGCACGUGGAAAUCUGCGGGGCAAUUCUGUUUUCAGCACCAAUUCCAUUUAUAGCUCCCAUAAGCCGGGGUUUAUCUGAUAGUGCGGUGGAUGGAAACUUCAGGAUAAAGUUAAAUGGCUGAAGGUUGAGUGGAGCUUGUGCUGGCUGUGGUUAUGAACAGGUCCCAGAAAUCCUGGAUUGAAGGAGUAUUUGACAAGAGAGAAUGCAACAAAGUCAUACCCAGCUCAAAAGACCCUCACAGAUGUACUGGAGAGUGCCAGGUCUGCCAGAAUUUAGUCAGGUGUUACUGUGGGCGAUUGAUUGGAGACCAUAAUGGAGUAGAUUAUUCCUGGACCAUCUCAGCUGCCAAUAGUGAUGAAAAUGAACAAUGGUCUGUUGAAAAGCACACAACAAAAAGCCCUACAGAUACCUUUGGCACUAUUAAGUUCCAAGAUGGAGAACAUACCUACCAUUCCAAGUAUAUUAGAACUUCUUAUGAUACCAAGUUGGAUCAUCUGUUACAUUUAAUGUUGAAAGAGUGGAAGAUGGAACUUCCAAAGCUGGUGAUCUCUGUCCAUGGGGGUAUCCAGAACUUUAAGAUGCCCUCCAAACUUAAAGAGAUAUUCAGCCAAGGUUUGGUCAAAGCUGCAGAGACCACGGGAGCAUGGAUACUGACUGAAGGCAUUAAUACCGGAGUGUCCAAGCAUGUUGGGGAUGCCCUGAAAGCCCAUUCCUCCCAAUCCUUGCGAAAAAUCUGGACAGUUGGAAUCCCUCCUUGGGGUGUCAUUGAGAACCAGAGAGAUCUUAUUGGAAAAGAUGUGUUGUGCUUGUACCAGACUCUGGGCAACCCCCUCAGCAAGCUCACCACACUCAACAGCAUGCACACACACUUCAUCUUGUCUGAUGAUGGGACUGUGGGCAAGUAUGGAAAUGAAAUGAAGCUCAGGAGGAAUCUGGAAAAAUAUCUGUCUCUGCAGAAAAUACACAGCCGUACAAGGCAAGGUGUGCCCGUGGUGGGUCUGGUGGUGGAAGGAGGCCCCAACGUGAUCCUCUCAGUGUGGGAAACUGUGAAGGACAAUGACCCAGUGGUGGUGUGCGAAGGCACAGGCCGAGCCGCUGACCUCCUGGCCUUCACCCACAAACACUUAGUGGAUGAAGGGACUCUACGUCCUCAGGUGAAGCAGGAGAUCAUCCACAUGAUUCAGAACGCUUUCAACUUUAGCCUGAAACAGUCCAAGCACCUCUUUCAGAUUCUAAUGGAGUGUAUGGCGCACAGGGAUUCUAUUACCAUAUUUGAUGCCGAUUCUGAGGAGCAACAAGACCUAGAUUUAGCAAUCCUAACAGCUCUAUUGAAGGGCACAAAUUUAUCAGCAUCAGAACAAUUGAAUCUGGCAAUGGCCUGGGACCGAAUGGACAUUGCCAAGAAGCAGAUUCUAAUUUAUGGACAACAUUGGAAGCCUGGCUCACUGGAACAAGCAAUGCUGGAUGCUUUAGUGAUGGAUCGGGUAGAUUUUGUGAAACUCUUAAUAGAAUACGGGGUGAACCUCCAUCGCUUUCUUACCAUCCCCCGACUGGAAGAGCUCUAUAAUACUAAACAAGGACCUACUAAUAUGCUCUUACAUCAUCUUGUCCGAGAUGUAAAACAGAAUACCCUUCUCUCAGGGUACAAAAUCACACUGAUUGACAUUGGAUUGGUAAUAGAAUACCUCAUUGGUGGAGCAUAUCGGAGCAGCUACACUCGAAAAAAUUUCAGAGCCCUGUACAACAACCUCUAUAGAAAACGCAAGCCCUCCCUUCAGCGGAGCUGCUCCUCAGGAAAUGGAAACGAGUCUGUGGAAAGCACGUUGCAUUCCCAAUUCAUUAGAACGGCCCAGCCUUACAAACUCAAGGAAAAGUCUGUUGCACUUCAUAAAUCAAGGAAGAAGUCAAAAGAACAAAACCUGUCAGAGGACCCCGAGGCUGCUGGCUUUACUUACCCUUACAAUGACCUGCUGGUUUGGGCUGUGCUCAUGAAAAGGCAGAAGAUGGCCAUGUUCUUCUGGCAACAUGGCGAGGAGGCCACAGUUAAGGCCGUGAUUGCUUGUAAACUGUACCGAGCAAUGGCCCAUGAAGCUAAGGAGAGCAACAUGGUGGAUGAUGCCUCUGAAGAGUUGAAAAAUUACUCAAAACAGUUUGGCCAGCUUGCCCUGGACAUGUUGGAGAAAGCAUUCAAGCAGAAUGAGCAAAUGGCCAUGAAGAUGUUGACAUAUGAACUCAAGAACUGGAGCAAUGCUACUUGCUUGAAACUGGCUGUGUCUGGAGGAUUGCGACCCUUUGUCUCACAUACUUGUACCCAAAUGCUACUGACAGACAUGUGGAUGGGGUGCCUAAAAAUGAGGAAGCACUCUUGGUUAAAGAUCAUCAUAAGUAUUCUUUUACCGCCCACCAUUUUGACAUUGGAAUUUAAAAGCAAAGCUGAGAUGUCACAUAUUCCGCAGUCUCAGGACUACCAAUUUACACGGUAUUAUGGUGACCAGAACCCCAGCAGUACCAAAGAAAGUGCUUGUGUGAAAGACUGUGAUGUAGAAAGGGGCAAAGAUGAGAAACUAGGUGAAAAUCAACACUUAGAUUUAAAGAGUGAACCCAAAAGCCUCCCAUGGACGAGGAAGGUCUACGAGUUCUACAGUGCUCCGAUUGUCAAGUUUUGGUUUCAUACGAUGGCUUAUUUGGCAUUCCUCAUGCUGUUCACUUACACUGUGUUGGUAGAGAUGCAGCCCCAGCCCAGCAUGCAAGAGUGGCUUGUUAUCAUUUACAUCUUCACCAAUGCCAUUGAGAAAGUCAGGGAGGUCUGGAUUUCAGAGCCUGGGAAGUUUACUCAAAAGGUGAAGGUAUGGAUUAGUGAGUACUGGAACAUAAUGGAAACUGUGGCUAUUGUCCUGUUUUCAGUUGGUUUCGGCCUUCGAUUGGGUGACCCUCCUUUUCACACAGCGGGAAGACUUAUCUACUGCCUAGACAUCAUAUUCUGGUACACGAAACUCCUGGACUUCCUUGCCGUGAAUCAACAUGCGGGUCCGUAUCUGACCAUGAUUGCAAAAAUGGCAGCAAACAUGUUCUACAUUGUGAUCAUGAUGGCCAUAGUCCUGCUGAGCUUUGGAGUAGCACGCAAGGCCAUUCUUUCUCCAAAGGAGCCUCCAUCUUGGAAGCUAGCUCGAGAUAUUGUAUUUGAACCAUACUGGAUGAUAUAUGGUGAAGUCUAUGCUGCAGAGAUAGAUGUUUGUGAAAGCAAUCCAUCUUGCCUCCCUGGUUCUUUUCUUACUCCAUUCCUUCAAGCUGUUUACCUCUUUGUGCAAUACAUCAUCAUGGUGAACCUGUUGAUUGCUUUCUUCAACAAUGUUUACAUGGAUAUGAAGUCUAUGUCAGAUAAACUGUGGAAAUACAAUCGCUAUCGCUACAUCAUGACCUACCAUGAAAAGCUUUGGCUGCCUCCACCUUUUAUCCUACUGAGUCACAUUGGCCUCCUCAUCCGCCGCCUUUGCCAUCGUCAAGCUCCAAAUGACCAAGAAGAGGGUGAUGUUGGAUUAAAACUUUACCUGAGUAAUGAAGAUUUGAAAAAGCUUCACGAUUUUGAAGAGCAGUGUGUGGAAAAAUACUUCCAUGAGAAGAUGGAAAACCUGAAUUGUAGUUGUGAGGAACAAAUUCGAGAGACAUCGGGAAGGGUUACAGAGAUGUACUUCCAACUGAAAGAAAUGAACGAGAAGGUGUCUUUUAUAAAGGACUCCUUACUGUCUUUGGACAGCCAGGUGGGACACCUGCAGGACCUUUCUGCCAUGACUGUGGAUACCUUAAAAGUCCUUUCUGCUGUUGACACCUUGCAAGAGGAUGAGGCUCUCCUGGUCAACAGAAAGCAUUGUUCUUGCAGAAAACUUCCCCACAGCUGGAGCAAUGUCAUCUGUGCAGAGGUUCUAGGCAGCAUGGAGAUCUCUGGGGAGAAGAAAUACCAGUAUUAUAGCAUGCCCCCUUCUUUGCUGCAGAGGCUGGCCAGAGGCCAAAAUCCCCCCAAAGUGGAAAGGGGGCCCCUUCUUGAGAUUACAGACAGUAGUCUGAGACAGGUUCCAAAUGUAAACGAUGACCAGAAGGAGCAAGAAACAAAAAAUGGUAUAGGUGCUUCUGGGGCAUCCCUUAAUUGGCAAACAUACCCAAAGAAUGGCCAGUUUCUCCUGGUCCCUUCUAAUCUAAAGCAAGUUCCUUUUUCUGCAGAAACUACUUUGUCUCUGUCCAGACCAUCUGAGGAAGCAGGGGCAGAUAUGCUGGCAACUGAACAGGUCGUCCAGAGUGAGGUCCCUACUCAUCUGAGUUGGCAGACACCAGUUUUCUCAGACCAGGGGUCAGUAGCAGAACCCAAGGAGCAGUACAAGCCAAUCACUCAGGUACCAGCCAAACAAGACAAGGGGGAGCAAGUUCUACCCACUUUGAGUUCCAAACCUGCACCCAUGAAAGCAACCUCCCUUCCUUCCCAAGCGGAGAGCAUGCGGACUGGAGGUGGAUAUGUGAACUGGGCAUUUUCCGAAGGUGAUGAAACUGGUAUGUGUAGCAUCAAGAAAAAAUGGCAAACCUGCUUACCCUCCACUUGUAACAGUGACUCAAGCCAGAGUGAACCCAGCCAGAUGCAAAACCAGGCGAGAUCCUUAUCCGAGAACUCAACAAGAUUGGCCCAGUGUAGUGACUGCUCGGAGGUGGGACCCUGGCUCCAGCCAAACUCUUCCUUCUGGAUCAAUCCUCUCCGCAGAAGCAGGUCCUUCAUUAGGAGUCAUAGUUUUAGAUUCCACAAGGAAGAGAAAUUGAUAAAGAGCAGUAAGAUUAAAAAUCUUUCACAGUCAUCAGAUAUAGGGCCAUCGGCAUGGGUCAAAGCAAAAAUUCUAACCAAAGACAGGAAAUUGUCAAAGAAAAAGAAGAAAGCACAAAGACCCCAGGUGCCAGUCAUAACGGUCAACACUUGCUCUCAAAGUGACCAACUGAAUUCAGAGCCAGGAGAAAAUAGCAUCUCAGGAGAAGAGGAGUGCAGCAAGAACUGGCUCACGGUGUCCAAACUUAGCCAGAUAAGUUUAGAACCUUACGUAUAUCAGAAGAUGAGAAGUAAAGAAAUCAAACGACAUGCUGUGCAAAUCAGUGAUUACCUAAAGCAGUCUCAAGAGGAUCUGAGCAAAAACUCGUGGUGGAAUUCCAGGGGCACCAACCUCAACAGGAACUCCCUUAAUGUUCCAAUUGUUUGCCAAAGCCAUAAGGAUUGGGAGAGAGAGAAAGAGAAACAGAGAGGGUCGAGAAGUUCAAAUGGAGUUGAUAAAAUCUCAGCCUCCUUAAAAAGCCCUCAAGAGCCUCACCAUCAUUAUUCAGCCAUUGAAAGGAACAAUUUAAUGAGGCUUUCUCAGACCAUACCAUUUACACCAAUCCAACUCUUUGCAGGAGAAGAAGUGACUGUCUACAGGCUGGAGGAGAGUUCCCCUUUGAACCUCGAUAAAAGCAUGUCUUCUUGGUCCCAGCGUGGGAGAGCAGCCAUGAUCCAGGUGUUGUCCCGAGAGGCAUUGGAUGGCGGCCUCCGCAAAGCCAUGAAAGUCAUCAGCACCUGGUCUGAGGAUGAUGUUCUCAAGCCAGGGCAGGUUUUCAUCGUGAAGUCCUUUCUUCCUGAGGUUGUACAGACAUGGCAUAAAAUCUUCCGGGAGAGUACUGUGCUCCAUCUUUGCCUCAGGGAAAUUCAACAACAAAGAGCUGCUCAGAAACUGAUCUAUACCUUCAACCAAGUGAAACCACAAACUAUUCCCUACAUGCCAAGGUUCCUGGAAGUUUUCUUAAUCUACUGCCAUUCAGCUAACCAGUGGUUGACCAUUGAGAAGUAUAUGACAGGGGAGUUCCUCAAGUACAACAACAACAACGGUGAUGAAAUUGCCCCCAACAACACCUUGGAGGAGCUGAUGUUGGCUUUCUCUCACUGGACCUAUGAGUACACCCGGGGAGAGCUGCUGGUUUUAGAUUUGCAAGGUGUUGGAGAAAAUUUGACAGAUCCAUCUGUUAUAAAGCCCGAAGACAAACGAUCAAGAGGAAUGGUGUUUGGACCAGCCAACUUAGGGGAAGAAGCAAUUAGAAACUUCAUUGCCAAACAUCGCUGCAACUCCUGCUGCCGGAAGCUCAAACUCCCGGAUUUAAAAAGAAAUGACUAUAGCCCGGGAAGGAUAAAUUCCACCUUUGGACUUGAGACCAAAAUAGAACCAGCUGAAGGGUGUCCAGCAAGGGAAACGGGCAGCGAUUCCCCAGAAGACCUCACCCGGUUGUAAAAGGGAGGGGUAAGAAGAAAGGUUGGUGGUUUGAAUCCACACAAAGGCACGUCGGAAGAAAGGUCUGAUGCUCUACUUCUGAAACAUGAGCCACUGAAAACCUUAUGGAGCACAACUCUACUCUGACGCACAUGGAGUCUCCAUGAGUUGGAGUUGGCUUGACGGCAACUGUUUUUUUUUUUUUUUAAGAAGAUGAUAACCAUUGCCUUCCCUUCUUCCCUUCCUUGAACUGCAUGGUGACAGGACCACUGAUCAUGGCAGAGCCUCUGUCAGGGUAGCCUUAUACUGUGGGCCUCCCUGGGACACGCCUUCUGAGCCACACAUCUCCCCCUGCCCAGACACCUCAUUGGGAUUCGAUGAGAGUUCUCCUCAAUAUUGACCUCUCUGCAGGGGCUCUUGGCAUGUGCUCUUAGUCCUCGCAUUCCAUGUGAAUGCACGUGAACGAGUCAGCUGGAAAUACUGUUUCUUCAUACCCCGUUGCUUUCGCUGGUCACUCGGAACACUUGGAGCAGAAUGUGGGCAUUGAAGACCAGUGAGAGGAAUUUUUAUUUUCUCACUCUGUGUGCAGACCCUGCCCCUCACUGCUAUUCAUCACCUCACCUACAUAUCGUAUUUAUGUGUAUAUGUGUGCGUUAAAAAGUUAUUUGACUUCUUUGUCUCUCCUUUCCAGUAGCACAGGCUUUUGAAAAGCCUGUAGAUUGUAGCGCACUCCUCCCGUACAAGCUACCCAGCAAAAAGUUAGCAUCCUGGUGAAUUCUAGAUGGGUUUGAGGUCUUGUCAGCGAUUCAUACGAUGCCUGGGCAUUUCAGGUUUCUCUGAGAGAAAGGAAGAGGGACAUCUAAAACAAAUGCCCUUGUAUCUUUUUUUUUUUUUUAAUAAGAGAACAAGGAUAUGUAAGACUGGAAAUUAUUAAGAAAUGUUUUCCCUUCUUUUAAGCUCAGGGUAUUAUAGGUUAGAGAAUUGGCUAAGUCGGUCUGUAAAACACCACUCCCUUUUCUAAAGCCGUGUAUAUAAUAUUACAGGUUAAAUUACUCUGUGUCAGGCCCUAUGGGGAAAGAUGUGGUUUCUGACUGAAAACAUGUUUCAAAGGUGUUUACUUUGUUCCAGUGCCAUUUCACUGGCUUAUGUAGAGUGCUGUUUGUAUUUUAAGGACUGCCUGAGAACAUGUAAUCAGUUUGAGGCCUGAAGUGAAGGAUUCUAGAAGCUGCACUGCACAGCAUGUGGGGGGGACCAGUUGUCCCACUUGCACACUGGGCAGCCCUACCUCAGAGCAAGUGCAAGUAUACACACAAGGCGGAGAAGGAGGGCUGGGCUAGCCUCUCUUCUCCCCUCCCCUCCCCCGGCAUCUUCCUUCUGUAUUAUAAAGACUUCCAGUCUACCAGCAGCAAACCUCAUGGGUUUGGAAAAUUUCAACUUAUCUUUGUCUUUAGCCCCUAUAUUAGCUGACUUCUUUCUGAGCCUGCUUUAAAAAUCUACACUCCUGCCAUCUGAGGUUAUACUUCAGGGAAAAUGUAGCCCAGGCAGAGGGAGAUAGAAAGUCACAGAUUUAGUUUGCCAAUGGUUGUGUCUUACGUUCUGAGUUUGAGUUACACAAGGGCUAAUUUAUACCUCUUUUACUUUUUUUUUUUUUUUACUUUGGCCUUGGGGGUAGGGAGAAGACGGAGAUUUUGGUGAUUUCUUGGUUGGCAAGGAGGAUAAAAAUGGUAAUGCUUUUUGAGGGGCUUGCCUGCUUUACCCUGUUCUGUGAAUCCAUAAGGACAUUUCCUGGUACUUCUGUCAAUGCUGUGUUCAACUCGGGACAGAAGCUGAGUUUGCCUGUCCAGGAGCCACACUAAAGGCAUGAAUUCAUUGGUCAAGUAUUUGUUACCUGGAAUGUAACUUGAAAGCAAAUACAUUUUGAUUUCAACCUUUUGUGUUGUGUUUUUUUUUUUUCUUUCUUUUCUUUUAGAAAAAUCAAAAGAAUGACAUUUUACAAAAAGAUGAAUACUGGGAUUGCUUACAGGCAAAAAUCCUACGUGACACUCUUGAUUCAUGCAUACAAAAGGGUGGGGUAUUCACUCCACCUUUCAUUCCAUUUUAUUCAACAGCUAUUUAUUGUCUUUACUGUGUUAAUGGUGAGGCUGCUGUGAUGAACGUGGCAUUUCUCUGCCCUUAAAAAGCUUAAUGUCUCAUGUUUCUUUUUGUCAUUUUCUGUUUCAAAUCUGGAUUUCUAGUUGGUGCUAAAAAAGUUGACUCCUGGGAAAAUGUCUAAUCCAGGGAUGUGUCUCAUCACUCUGUCAGUGGGCAAUAGAUUCAGGCUGGGAUAAGAGAAUUAGUGCAAAUAAAAAGAUAUAGCUGGGGCUGGUUUUAGGAACCACUGAGGAAAAAUGGACUGCAUACAGCCAUAUUACAUAUGGGGUCUGAUUCUGGAAUCAGAGAGGCAGCCAGGUUCCAGGAGCCAUCUCCUGAAGGCAUUUCUGUUACUGUUACUGGAGUUACUGUUACUGGAGUUUCUGUUACUGCUCUCCGCUGCUAGCCAAAAGUUGGUGGUUCGAGUGUACCGAGAAGCAUCUCAGAAGAAGGGGCUGGUGAUCUAAAAAAAAAAACUUCUGAAAAAAUCAGCCGUUGAAAACCCUGUGGAGCCCACUUCUCCUCUAACACACAUGGGGUUGCCAUGAACUGGAGUUGACUUGACGGCAACGUGGUGGGUACUUUCCUGGAAUGACUUCUGCCCCGUGGUGUCUUAGAACUUCUUACAGCUCUGGAAAACAAACUCAGAUACAGUUUUUGGUAUUUCCCAUCCUGUUAUUCUUUUCUGUGGCUUUGCAAAACAAAUACUGGUGACUAAGAUUUCCCAACAACCCUUGAUUCAAUGAUUUUUUAUUUUUAUUUUUUGGUAAUAGUUUUGUUGUGGCCUGUUACUGUUGUUGUUUUAAAAGAGAUAGACCACUGGUUCUAGAAGUCAUGGCACAGAUGCCCCUGUCAUGUCUUGUUGUGCCUUUCCACCAGUCGCCAGCAUCUAGCACAAAGCAUGGCACAUAGUAAGCUUUAAAAAAAAAGUGUUGAAUGAGAUAAUAAAUGCUUCAAAUGAUAGUGGAUUUCAUUCACUAGGUAAUAAAUCAGAUUUGCAUUUUUAAUCAAGAAGGAAACAAUUACCAGUUCCUUAAGAUCCAACAGAAUUCUUUUGAUCUCUCUCUGUUUUAAUUUUCCAGGAAAUAGCUUCUAACAACCUACACUUUGUCUGUUCUCCACCAGCUCUUGCUCUUAUCAUCAUCAGUGAUAAUGCCAGAGUACAGUCCUUCUUCACUGGUGACUAUUGAAAUGAGAUGAUAACUUCCCAGAAACUGCCUAGAAAUCAUCACUUUAUUACCCUUUGAAAAGAAGAGUGAUAGAAAAGUCAUUUGAAAGAUGGUUCAUUACCAUGCCCUAGGACGAUUUCUUUACUCACAUCUCUCCAAAGCCUGAGAAAAGGAGGAUUAUUUUCUGAGGUCAGAAUUUGAAGGCCGUGUGUUUGCCUCUUUGAAGUCUUGGUAUUUAAUUUUCUGUAGUCAUUUCUUGGGCAAUUUUCUAAGAAACUAGUUGAAGCUAAUUUAUCAUAAGUUAAAGUCAAAUGACAGAAAAGAUUUUUUUUUUCCGUAACAGCAUUUUAUUCCACAGAGGUUAGCUUCUGAAGGAAAAUGAGACUUAAAUAGCAUUUCAAAUCUCCAGCCACAUGGGUGGGUACACAGAAUAGAAAGGUUCUGGAAACCACACUGCUUUUUUAUUUAGCACAGUUAUUACUUUGUGACUUUUUUCCUAGACCAUGAUGUCCAGAUAAGAUGUUGUAUCUUUGUGAAAAACUCUCCUAAAAAUAAUUAUAUUGCUUGCUUAAUUUUUCAAAGAAAGACCUUUAGUGCUCAAGGAAUAACAAACUUUGGUCUCUCCUUUGCUUUUUUCAGACUUUUGGUAUAACUGUAUGACAUUUGUUUAGCCUUUCUGUUUAUCCCUAACUGAAAUGGAGAUGAUGGUUCUUACCUCUUCAAACAGUAAUGAGAGUAUUUAGAAAGUCCUACGAGAAUCUCAUUUAAACGGCUUCUUACGAGCGUGGGAUCCAGUUCAAUAAGUAAUAAGGGGUUUUCAUUUUUGCUAUUGUGUGAUCAUUAUUUAAUGUUUGCAGAGGCUCCUCAGUGGACCUGUUUCAGUGUAAACACAAAAGUGAUUUCUUCUUUUCCAAGGGGGAAAAAGCUCAUUGCUCGUUUUUUGUUUGGAAGCUUAAUUAAAUACUUC